AUGCACUCCUCUUCCGACAUCAGAGCGAUGAUGACCGUUCAGCCCGUCAGCCUCGCUGCGGAUCCGCUUGCAGCGAGGCAGAUGCCUGCUUCUAGGCGUUCCGCCUCGCCUUCCAAAGUACCCAGAACGAAUCACCUCGCCAGCGCGCUACAGAGCCCCGCAAAGAAGCGGAAGCUCAAUGCACCGCCGUCACAUACAAAGCCUCCAUCUACAUCUAUACCUGCUGCGCGCGCAGUCGUUCUCUCUUCACAGCGUGCUGAGCCCAUGGACUUGUGCGCCUUCUGCCAGCAACCUGCCGACCGACCAAAGGAGAAUACGCCAAAACUGCUCAUCUCCUGCUUCGAAUGCGGCAGCAGCGGCCAUCCAGCUUGCUUGCGCUGGGGCCGCAAACCGACCAAAGUACGCAGUGCAUUAUCCUACGAGUGGAGGUGCAUCGAAUGCAAAAAGUGCGAGAUCUGCUGCGACAAGGGCGACGACGCACAGCUCAUGUUCUGCGAUGGCUGCGAUCGUGGCUGGCAUCUCUAUUGCCUCUCUCCGCCCCUUGCCAAGCCGCCAAAGGGUCAAUGGCAGUGUCCCACUUGUGAAGCGGGUGACACGCAACCAGUCCGUCCUUCGCAUCCGUCCUCUCCGCACCCAGCGCCGAUGCGCGCCUCGAGCUCCGGUCGACCAAAGAAGCCGUCCAAUCCAGAUCGAAGCAUUGACUCGCUUCUCUUGACGCCCAUGCAUGCAGACGCCAAGCUGCGAUCCCAAUCUGGCACCAACUUUGCCGUCAUGAGCUCGCUCAAGAACGGCCUUCUCAACGCUGCCGGCUCCAUCCUCAAUCUGGCGCCUGCCUCGCCCUGGAUAUCCAGACAGGCUGGCGGUGGCCACGAAAAGGAUGCGACCGAUCUCGCCUUGCCGCUCAACGGCAACUCCCGCAAGGCCGCCGGCCCGGCCAGCGGCUCGGCAAGAAGCGGCAAGCGUGGCCGUCCACGCAAGUCAGCAGCUGCGUCGGGCUCCCAUCAACGGUCCAGCUCGACUUCCAAUGGCGCCCAUCCACGUGCCAGCAGCAGCAGGCAUACACUCGACUACGACCGUGACGGAUCCGGAUCGGGAUCCUCGGACGGCGAACAUCAUUCGGAGCGCCUUGCGCAUGACGCCGAUACCCCGAAACGGACUGCUGACGAGGAUGACGAGGAGCCGGCGAGUGAUGACGAGGCUAGCAAGGGCCCAGAGGAAGAAGAUCCCUUUGGCGGCGUUCUCACAGGUACUGAUGCCUUGACGUUACCGUACAAACCCACACCACUCGACACUGAGCGCUUCCAUCGCGCGCGCAAAGCCGCCGAAGACCGACUUGGCGGUACGCUGGCCAGUCUUCCGGGCAUGUCCGGCAGCCGCGUCGUGAGGGGACCCGACGUUUCUAGCAUAGCAAGCGCGGCUCCCUCGCCUCGCCAUCCCAGCGCAUCCUCGAUGCCAGACACACCCGUCGGUGGCUCGCGCAUCUCGCGUGCCCAGCUCAUCCCUCGACAUUCACCCUCGAGUGCGACGCCCGGCACUCCCAUCGCAGCAUCCCAAGUCGAAAUCACAACCUCGGCGACCAGCGCCGAGACGGGCACGGCUUCCCCCAUCAAGUGCAUCCGCUUUGGCGACUUUGACAUUGACACGUGGUACCAAGCGCCGUAUCCGGAAGAGUAUAGCAUGGUGCCCGACGGGCGGCUCUGGAUGUGCGAGUUCUGCCUCAAAUACAUGAAGAGCCGCUUCAUGGCGCAGCGUCACCGCCUCAAGUGCAAGAUGCGACAUCCGCCCGGCGACGAGAUCUACCGCGAUGGCAACAUCUGCGUCUACGAGGUGGACGGCAGGAAGAACAAGAUCUACUGUCAGAACCUGUGUCUGCUCGCCAAGAUGUUUCUCGACCACAAGACGCUCUACUACGACGUCGAGCCGUUCCUCUUCUACAUUGUCACCGAGGGCGACAGCACGGGCGACCACUUUGUGGGCUACUUUAGCAAGGAGAAGCGCAGCCCCAUGAACUACAAUGUGUCGUGCAUCAUGACGCUUCCCGUGCGCCAGAGGCGAGGCUGGGGCAAUUUUCUCAUCGACAUCAGCUUCCUGCUGUCCAAGAAGGAAGGCAGGACGGGCUCGCCCGAGAAACCACUCAGCGACCUCGGCCUGCUCAGCUAUCGAAACUACUGGACGCUGGCCGUGUUCUACUUUCUGCGCAUCGCGCCGGACCACGUCACGCUCGAGGACAUCAGCCGCGCCACGGCGAUGCAGCUCGAAGACAUCUUCUACGUGCUGCGCGAGCAGGACAUGAUCGUGGUCUACGAUGGCAACAACGGCAACAGCCGCACCCCGGCCACGAGCAAGUACCGAGCGCGAGACGGUCAUCCGCCUGGCAAUCCUGCCACCUCGGCCAUCAAGGGCGGUGGGCAGGCGACCGAGGCCAAGCAACCGCGCAAGCGUGGGCGGCCGCCUUUACAUCCGAGGCCACCGUCGACGACCGCGGCGCCGAGCGCGCACCUGUACAAGGACCGGGACAAGAACGCGGCCGCAUACCUGCCGCAAGACUACAGCAUCCACUUUGACCGCGACUACGUGGUGGCGCAUCUGAAGAACUACGAGUCGAAAGGCUACCUCAAGGUGCGAGCGGACAAGCUCAAGUGGACGCCGUUCCUGGUGUCUCGGUCCUUCCCACAGCCCAUCGCGGCGCCCGCCAACGGGAACAUUGGCGCUUUGAACGGCACGCCCGGCCCGUCGGGAUCGGGCACGUACACGCCGGCGGAGAUGAUGGCAAACCUGGGAUACUCGGUGCUCAGCCAGGUGCAGAGGACGCCGGGGCGCAGCGGUGCCACCAGUGCGCGCGCGAGUCCCGCUGCCGCAGCUCACAAACGCGUCUCUGCCCGCGCUACAGCCUCGACGCCAGCCGGUCACAGUGCGGCGAGCGCCACGUUGGAUGCCGGCGAGCGGCAUACUUCGCGACCUGCGUCGGUCGCCGCGUCCACACCCACUCCAUCGCCGACAAAGAGACCGCAUACGUUGCUGCCUCCUCUGGGUGUUCAGCACUCGUCCGCAAGCUCUGCUUCGACGGUUCACAAGGAUGGGGCGCGCAAGAAGGCGACAGAAACGGCUAGCGGCGUCGUCGCAGCCGGGCCUGGCGAGUUUGACCGUGCUGAUGGUGAUGGCGAGAUGGACCUGGACGCCGAUGCAGAUGCGGAUGCCGAUGGCGACUACGAGGAGGAAGAAUACGAGGCCGAGGCCUUCAGCUUGAAGGCGACAGACUUUGCGUCGACGGCCGCCUCGCGACUGCCCAUCGACCCCGAGCACCUCAAGAAGGUCCUUGCAGCCAGUUCCAGCGGCUCCUUAUCCUCGGGUGUGGCUUCGGCUUCUUCGUCGUUUGCUGCAAGUGCGACGCGUUCCGGCGAUCUUAGCCGGGACCAGGCGACAGCUACACCAGAGCCGCACGCGCCGUUGGACGAGCUUGUGGACGAGGACGCCGACGGUAGCGACGAAGAUGCGCCUGGCAGCGAUGAUCCCGGUCUCGACGACAUUUGA